CACCGUUCGAAAUCCCCAAAGGCCAAAACCCUCCUCCGAACCCUUCCCGCCGCCGCCACCCCCACCCCGACCGGCACCACCACCUCCUAGCUCCACCACCGUCCGCCGUCGCCGCGAUGGAAGACGACCCGUCGCGCCAGGUGCGCGUGCGCUUCGUCACAAAGCUGCCACCUCCGCUGCGGACGCCGCCCGCUGCCAUCGCCGUCCCCGCGGACCUCACUCGCAUGGGCCUCUCCGAGAUCGUCAACAGCCUCCUCGCAGCCGCCGAGCCGGACCACCAGUCGCAGCCCUUCGACUUCAUCGUGCAGGGCGAGCUCGUGCGGCUGCCACUCCAAGAGUUUCUCCUAGCCAAGGGCAUCUCCGCGGAGAGGGUGCUUGAGCUCGAGUAUGUGAGAGCAGUGGCGCCAAGGAAGCAGGAGGAACCUUGCCCCCAUGAUGACUGGGUUAGUGCUGUGGAUGGAUCAAACCCAGGUUUUAUAUUAUCUGGAUGCUAUGAUGGUCUUGCAAGAUUAUGGAAAGAUGCAGCAGUAUGCACACAAAUUUUGGAGGGACACAAUGAUGCAAUUACUUCUACCAGAUUCAUCAAUAAGGGAUCUGAAACCGAGGGCAGUCUGCAUGUAGUGACUGGCUCAAAGGAUAGGUCACUGCGGCUAUACAAGUGUGAUACAUCAGUCAUUAUGGACUACCCAAAGCGGGUUGGGGCUUACAAAAUUCUCCGCGGCCACACGGCAUCGGUUAAAAGUAUCUCCGCAGACCCUUCUGGCGAUAUGCUAUGUUCUGGAUCCUGGGAUGGUACCAUCAAGUUGUGGGCAGUUGAAGGAUCUGAUGACGAUGAUGCUGUUUCAUUGAAGAAGAGAAGGAUGAAUUCUGAUUCAUCUGGACCUGAAGAGUCUCAGUUAGAGGGUUCAGCCACUUCAACACUUCUGGGACAUACACAAGGUGUAACUGCUGUUACCUGGCCUGAACGGAAAACGAUAUAUUCAGCAUCUUGGGAUCAUUCUGUAAGGCAGUGGGAUGUUCAAACAGUGAAAGAAACAUGGAAUAUGUUUUGUGGGAAGGCCUUGAAUUGCUUGGACUGUGGAGGUGAGGGUUCUUCAUUGAUUGCUGCUGGUGGUUCUGAUCCCGUGUUGAGGGUAUGGGACCCUCGCAAACCUGGAACAUUAGCUCCUGUUUUUCAGUUCUCCUCUCAUUCAAGCUGGAUCACUGCUUGUAAAUGGCAUCCGAGUUCUUGUUUCCAUUUGGUGUCAUCUUCCUUUGACGGGAAAGUGAUGUUGUGGGAUCUAAGAACAGCAUGGCCGCUGGCGUCUGUGGACUCGCAUGAAGAUAAGGUUUUAUGUGCGGACUGGUGGAAAGGGGACAGUGUGAUAAGUGGCGGAGCUGAUUCCAAGCUAUGUAUCUCAUCUGGUAUUCAAAUCGUGUGAUGAAGUUCUUCCUUAUGGUUCUCGAGCCCAUGUUAUUGAGAUUAUAUGGGUUGACAAGCCAUUUCCAGAAGCCAAAUAAUGUCAGAUAUGUCUGGGAAGAUACGCAACCCUUCAGUCAAGAUCAAGAUACGGCACAGGGCUUUACCAGAUGUGUAUGCAAAAGUGCAUUUCUUGCAUAAGUAAGAUCCAAAGCAAUUGAUAACUACAUCUUGCUCAUCAACUUUUUUAUGUGUUCAUUGGUGCGUUUGGCACCAAUAUUACUCUAUUAUUCCAAGAUCAUGAAUUAAUAGUUGAAGUCUGGGCUGACCGGCU